CUAGGUACUAGGUACUAGGUACUAGGUACUAGGCGUUGAUAGGUGCGACUCCUAUGUUUCAAUACUCAAAGACGAAACAACAUUGAACAUUGAACAUUGAAAGUCAAAAGUGAGCACCUUCAAUGUUCGCAUCCAUGGAUAUCAACUUGAAUGUUUACUACCACUAUCUACCCUAGGCUGGCACCUAACCCAGGAUAUCUUCUAUCAAUUCCAUCAAUGAUACGCAAGUAGAUAUAUCGAGGACAUGGUCUUUGGGGGCACCUCGUGCCAACCAUGAGUAUAUACGGAUCUUGCCAAAUAGACAACGGAUAAAGUUACCCUCCGCUGAGUUCGCUGCUCACUUUAUCAAAGAUAUAUAUAAUGACAUCGCAAUAACACCUAAAAGUGACGCCGCAUCAAUUUCUGGCGACGAUACAACCUGGAGACUCGUUGCUGACAUAAAUACGGGAGACUUUCCUAUCACUUUUCCAAUACUCAAGCAUCUUCUCUCAACAUCGGCCCCCGUUGGGGAGGAUCAUGAUCUAUUUGCUAAGCUACCGAGUGAUAUCGCCUCUGAAGCCCGCCUUUAUACUAGGCUGAUCACGUCAGUCAUCAAUGGAUCCACCGAUAUACCAGCCGCCCGCGUUUUGAGAUUCCUAGACGGACACCGGGAUAUUCAAUUAUCAAUGAUCAACUUCCUCUGCUCUGAAUCAAGUCCUGUGGCUAGAUCUCUCGCCAAAAACAUCUUUCAGGCAGCAUUAGAAGGAGAUGCUGUGCAUGUCAUCAAAGUUAUACUCAGUCGCAACGAAUGGAUUGACGUCAAUGAGUCUGUUUGCCAUUAUCGUGGAGGAAUAUCCACACCACUUCAAAAAGCUGCACUACACGGAUCACUGAAAGUUAUCAAGCAUCUCAUUGAGCGCAAAGUGGAUGUGAACAAGCUCUUGCCUAGGGGUUACAGAGAUAACGCACUAGGCUUGCUGAUUGAUCAUGAACACCCUCAAACAACGCUUACCGAUGAGCUCUUGGGCGUAGUUGAUGCUCUCUUACAGACAAACUCUACGGUCUCAAUAAAUUGUAUCCGGAGGGCACUACGCUUUUCCGACCCACGUCUUGCAAUCCAUCUCUUCCCGAAAUGUACACCCAGAAUCCUUCAAUGCCUCAUCUUGCAUCAUAGCAUUCUCCGCGAUAUCGUGGAGAAGUUUGAAGAGCAAUAUGCCACGAGCACAAUUCAGAUGAUUUCGAGGGAAUUCCACGAAUUGAGUACCCAUUUGUUCUCGGGUCAAUUUUUUGAAGCUAUCACCGACGCUUUAGACGUGGCUACAGAUCGUGGAUUUGUAGAGUUGGUAGAAAUUCUGUUUUCAUACAUCCUGUCCCCAGGGCCAAUAAUCCAGAAGAUAAUACUCAAGGGGAACCAUGCGAUGAUGGAGUUUAUCCUUCGAUUUGGUCAACGUUUGCACAAAGGGAUAGAAGAUAUUGAUCUUUUGAUUAUCGCCCUCGAGCUUGGAGACCUAAACCGCGCUCACUCUCUAGAAGAGAAAGGUGCAAUUAUUCGUCUCCAAAACGACCACAACAUCGGUCAAGCACUCACUGCAGCUCUUGGAAGGGGGAACUUGAAACUCGCAACGAUGGUAUUGAGCCUCGACCCGGAUUUCGAUUUUGUCGACCAUCGAGAUUUUAGUCUGGAAGCUGCCUUCGAUGCUGCCUUGACUCAUAAUUUCGAUGAUAUUGCUUGGAAACUCCUCUUUAGCAGGCAGCCCAGGCUCCAAUAUACCACUGGUUUUAGGGAUCUUGAAAAUGGCUAUUUAUUAAGCUGUUCAGUAACGAAUAGAAAACCUGACUUUGUAAAGGCCAUCAUAGGCCGUAGCAUUGAUCUUGACGAUGAUUUAUACUACGACAAUGCAAACACUCUCAAAGCUAUCAUGGAAUGGGGAAACGACUCGGUCCUCAAUGAGAUAUGGCAAGCCCACAACUAUGGCAUAUUUCACCUUAAGCCAGAAUUUUUCUAUGUCGCACUCAAGGGCGAACAUUUAGGCCUUUUCUGGAAAUUUUUAUACCCCACUUCCGAUGAUUGGGAGGUUAACGCGGCCUAUGGGUUACAAGCUGUGGCAGAAUGUGAGAAUGUGCCGGUCAUUGAUGAGCUGAUUGCUCUCGGCGCUCAACUGAUGAGUAUUGAUCAAUUAACAAUGUGUAUUACUGGGCAUCCGUCCAUGGCUGAGCCACUUUUGAAGCGGUUUUGGGACGUGUACCAAGAAGAGAUCACUGAAGGUAAUUUGGAUUUUCUCAAGGAUGCAAUUCGAUAUUACCCGGAAGAACCUAAAUGGCUAGAUAUGUUGUUUGAGUUCGAGUUGGUACCUACAGAUGUCGCCCGAAUCCCCGGAGGUCACAGUCUACUUCGGAUCGCAAUGGAGCAAUUUAGACAGAUCAAACCAGUGGCCGAUGCGGUAACCUUUGUGAAAAGAUUCAUUGAUGUUAGCAACGUCAAUGCCAUCGUACGAUUCGAUUCUGAGUUGUACAGCGCCCUUUUGCUCGCCAUCACAUUGACUCAUGUUGAGAUAGUUCAACUUCUCAUUGAUCAUCAUGCCGAUGUGAAUAUUCCCACGGGCUUCGGCAUACAACGUACUCCGCUCCAAAAGGCGGCUGAGUCAAACAAUCUCGCGAUGGUUAGUUUACUGCUAGUUAACAAAGCUGACGUCAAUGCACCACCUGCAAGGUUCAAUGGGGCCACGGCCCUGCAAUUCGCAGCUAUUCAUGGAAAUUGCGAGAUGGCGAUGAUGCUCAUAGAGCACGGGGCUCAGUUAAACAUACCCCCGCCAGAGGGAAGACACGGACGCUGGCCUCUCGAGGGUGCAGCUGAGAACGGCCGUCUGGACAUGAUAAAAUUUCUUUGGGAGGCAAACGGCGGCCCUUUUGAUGACGAGCAGUGUCGAAAGGCUAUGCGGCUCGCAGCACGCGAAGGUCAUUUGGGCUGUAGGGAUUUGAUUAAAGAGUUGCUGGGCAGCGCUCCUUCCAUCGAAUAAUCCAAGCAUACUCUCAUGACUGGUGCGGAACGCGGGGUUUCGAGAUUCACAAGUCAGGCAAUGAGUUGGAUUGCUAUUCCAUUUACUUUCUUGCUUGGUUUAGAGAAAGUCUGCGCAGAUAUAUGUUGAAGAUCAUGCCUCUUGAAUCUCGAGACCUAGGAGUACCACCUAGGAGUAUCCUGUUGAAGAACCACGUGCCAUGCUACUGAUUCUAUCUAACUUUAGGUAACUUGCGGAAGAGCACAUCGCAUUUAAGUAGGCCGUUUUGAGCGAAAGGGGGGCUGAAUAGUGGUACCUGCCAUCCACCAUGACCCGAGGUAUCGCUAUUACCUAGCAACCUCGCCACUUACAAUCACUAAGUUGGAAUCUGAAAUUCUUCUAUAACACACACGCGACGUAGUAACAACACCAGCCCAUAGGUCAGGGUUUACGAGACACAUGGAGAUCAGAAAGCACUAUUAGUAUGCAUCUGCCUAAGCAUCUGGGCAGGUAGCAAAUAACCCGAAACCUUGCAUGAAGCUACGCCGUUAUAACAGGUACAUUUAUAUCCCCCCUCCUUAUCCGUCCCCUCCAUUCCAUCCAUCCAAUCCCCCCCACCCCCCUUUCCCCUUCCCCCCCCAAGCCUAGGUACCUACC